UUGUCAUAUUCUCUCUCACCAAGAAACAAAAAACACCCAGAGAGAACAGGUAGGUAGACAUGGAUGCAAAAGCAGAUUUCAAGGUGACAGUGAGCAAGGAGGAAACUGUGGCGGCGAUGUUACCAUUGCAAGAACACUGGCUACCAUUCUCUAAUCUUGACUUGCUUCUCCCUUCCGUCGAUGUGGGAGUCUUCUUUUGUUACAGGAAACCAGAAGGGUACAUCAGGAGCUUCAGUUCCAUGGUCAAUGUCCUCAAAACUGCCUUGGUUCAGGCUCUGGUCUCCUACUACGCAUUUGCGGGUGAGGUGGUGGCUAACGCUGCUGGUGAACCAGAGCUCCUUUGCAACAAUCGCGGGGUGGAUUUCGUCGAAGCUUAUGCUGAUGUUGAGCUUCCACAACUGGAUUUGCAUAACCCUGAUCAAACCAUCCAAGGCAAACUCGUGCCUAACAAGAAACAUGGAGUGCUCUCAUUACAGGCAACAGAGCUUAGAUGCGGUGGAAUAGUGGUGGCCUGCACAUUUGACCACCGUAUAGCUGAUGCCUACUCAGCCAACAUGUUUCUUGUAUCAUGGGCUCAAUUGGCUCGAUCCAACUCCAUCUCUUUGGUACCGUCCUUUCGCAGGUCUCUGAUGAACCCAAGGCGUCCAGGGUGCAUCGACUCCUCUCUGGAUCAAAUGUAUGUUCCCAUAUCCUCAUUACAACCCCCUAAACAUCACCUUCAUCAACCCACUGAUCAUCUCAUCAGUCGUAUAUAUUAUAUUCCUUCCGAGCAACUCAAUGAGCUUCAAUCACUAGCCUGCUCUAAUGGUUACAAAAGGACCAAGCUCGAGUCUUUCAGUGCGUUUCUAUGGAAAAUGGUAGCACUGCGUGCUGCCAAAGAUGGGUUCAAGUUUACCAAGAUGGGGAUUGUUGUGGAUGGAAGGGUCAGAUUAGGUGAAGGAGACGAACAGAAAGCGAGUCUAAUGUGUUCUUAUUUCGGAAAUGUUAUUUCCAUUCCUUUUGGGAGCCAAGGAGUAAACGAACUGAUCGAAAAACCGUUGUGGUGGGUGGCUAGUCAGGUUCAUGAUUUCCUGGAACAAGCAUUGACAAAGGAACACUUCCUAGGCAUGAUUGACUGGGUUGAAGCUCACCGUCCAGAGCCAGCGCUGGCUAAGAUGUACAUAAAUGGCAGCGAAGAGGGACCGGCUUUUGUAGUAUCAUCGGGGCAACGUUUCCCGGUUUUGAAAGUGGAUUUCGGAUGGGAUCGUCCUGUUUUCGGGUCAUACCAUUUCCCAUGGGGAGGGGAUUCCGGAUAUGUAAUGCCGAUGCCAAGUCCUUGUAGAGAAGGAGAUUGGGUGGUUUAUAUGCACCUUUCCAAAAGGCAAUUGGAGCUGAUAGAAGCCGAAGCUGGCAAUGCGUUGAGGCCCCUCACUUUUGAUCAUCUUCAAGCGGUUGCUUCUGUUUAGCGUUUCGAUUGCUCGUAACAAAAUUGCCCUAACUUUGUAUCAGAAAAUGUUGUGUUUGAAGCUAGACUUGCAGUCCUACAGA